AUGUCUCUAGAGGCAACCUAUCGCAUGGUCAUGAGUGCGCCGGGACUAUCUCAUAGUCUCUCGGCCUCUCUACCAAAAAUCACAUCUCGAGUUCUAUUAUCCAGAGCUCAAACCAUCCUCUCUCAAAGAUACACACAACAGCAACGACAGCUCCAUGUCUCUUCUAGAAUAAGAGCGCCGAAUAGCGGAUUGAUGGGAAUUAAUAACUCGAAUAUACCGACUUCAUAUUUUCAGCGACCUUCCUUACCUGCAAAUACCAUUGUUCGAUUCGUUCCCCAACAAACAGCAUGGAUUGUAGAACGGAUGGGAAAGUUCAACCGCAUAUUGGAACCUGGUCUCGCCAUUUUAUUGCCAAUAAUAGAUAAGAUAGCAUAUGUCAAGAGCUUGAAGGAAUCUGCGAUUGAGAUUCCUAGCCAAAGUGCGAUCACCACCGACAAUGUUACUUUGGAGCUUGAUGGUGUGCUGUAUACUCGAGUCUUUGAUGCCUAUAAGGCUAGUUAUGGAGUCGAGGAUGCAGAAUAUGCUAUCUCUCAACUAGCACAAACAACUAUGCGUUCGGAAAUCGGACAGCUUACCCUCGAUCAAGUCCUCAAGGAGCGCGCCGCCUUGAAUACCAACAUCACAGCCGCUAUUAAUGAAGCUGCACAGGAAUGGGGUGUGAUUUGCUUGCGUUACGAAAUUAGGGAUAUUCACACACCGGAAGGAGUUAUGGAAGCUAUGCACAGACAAGUUACUGCUGAGCGUAGCAAACGUGCAGAAAUCCUCGAUUCCGAAGGUCAAAGACAAAGCGCUAUCAACAUCGCAGAGGGACGAAAGCAAAGUGUGAUCUUGGCAUCUGAGGCUUUGAGAAGCGAACAAAUCAAUAUGGCAAGUGGUGAGGCCGAAGCUAUUUUGUUAAAGGCAAAAGCCACAGCUGCAGGUAUCGAGGCAGUAGCUCAGGCGAUUGCUUCUGGAGAGGAAUCAGCUCAAGGCGCUGUUAGUCUCAGUGUAGCUGAAAAGUACGUUGACGCGUUUGGAAAGCUCGCUAAAGAGGGUACUGCCGUUGUCGUCCCUGGAAAUGUGGGGGAUAUCGGAAGCAUGAUUGCUAGCGCCAUGGCAGUAUACGGAAAAGUUGGUGAUGCUCAAGCAAAAACCAUGGCCGCAAAGGUCUUGAAGGGGCAGAAGAGCGCCGAACAGACGAGUACAGAAAAAGAGUCCCCAAAUGAUGAGAUGAAGAGAAGCAUGCUUGCAUCUUUUGAGAACGCCACCAGAAAGUAA